GCUCGCCCUUGGCUAGCCUUCGGAUGCUCGUGGUAUAGUCGGUUGGUCCAUCAGAGCGGGGUUUCGAAAAGAGACAUCAUCCCUUUCAAGGUGCGGUGGGAGCAAAGUGGUUUAUACAUUCCCGGAGAGCUUUUCGAGUUCGAUUUCUCCUUUGCGCUACUGGUAGGUACUACUGUACUACUUCUUGGUUGGAGAUAAACGUUAGGAUUGAUAGGGAAAGUGUGGUAAUCUCCAUCCAAAGGUGAGCCGGAGCUUUUUUUUUUUUCCUAUUGUUGGUUGGUUUCCUCCUCACCUGCCGUACCCUCCCUCCGCAUGAGUUUCUUCGACUUGGAGUCGUCGCGUCCCCUCGUGUUGAAUUCGUCAUUGGUCUCACGCAGAAUAGGGAAUUCUUCCAAAGGGGGAACAAGUUCAAAAGGAAAAAGCCGACUUAUUACCGGAUAUCGGGAGGAUAAAAGAAAAGAAAAAAAAACAUUCCAUACCCGGCUUUAUUGUGAGGGUUGAAUUAGAGAGUGCCAAGCGGAGGUUGGGAGUAAAGGCACAAUUUUGCCCUUUUCAACGUCUUGUUAGAGCGGGAAAAAGAAAAGAAAAGAGAGGCAGAGGGAAAAUAUUACGGCUCUACAACACAGUCAAGGUUGCGUGAGAGAGGGAGGGAGAGAGGAUACGAUCAGCUACGGUACCCUAAUAUCAUCUUGUCAGUUAUGCCAUUUCAUUACUGUGCUUGGGGUACCCGUUAAGGGGAAGGGGAGAGGAAAUGCACAGGGGGUUUUAUCUAACUGUUACAUAGUAUCCUAACCCUUCCCCGUCUCGCUCUCUGGGAGGUUCCCCGCUAGGCACCCAUUGUUAUCAUACACACGCUUCCCAGCUUUAAUUUUAACUGCACCGUACCGGUACUUGGCUGCGACGCCGAUCCGCUUUUGAAUUUGCCUUUGUCUGGGACUGGCCGUCCAAUAGCCUAGAAACUACCGCUAAAUAGAAUAUAUAUAUACACAGAACAGAGAGCCAUGGCAGGCCGGAACAGCGAAGCUUACAGCCGCCUCGACUUUAACGGUCCCAUUCACCACCACGACUCCGACUCCGACGACGAGACAGGACCUCUCGAGCAACAACAACAACACCGACAACCGCACAUACCAGUAGCUGCUACGCCGCCCACAAUGGAUCCCCGAUAUCGGACGCCCUCGCCCGCCCACCCACUGGCUGGCUACCAGCGCGAGGAAGCUCCGUAUAGACCUCAGCGACAGAAUACUGGUGGAUAUCCUGCUGGCACUGCUCACAUGCCCGAUGAUACCUUGACAUAUCAACCAAGUGUGAGUUUCUACAUGUCGGAUUUAUUUGAUUGUUUCCCUAUUCACUCCAUCCCUACUUCCAUCUCCAUCUCCCCCUUAUCUCUCUCUCAUCCCUCCCCCCGUCUCCUUUUUGGCCGCGGGCCCGGUCCGUGACAUGGAAGACAAGAUUCUGUGCGUUUGCGCGACCCCUGAAACGAAGCUAACGUACGCAGUAUUCCGUCACGGGCCUUGAGCAUUCGUACAAUACAGCCCCGCCUGGUCCUCCAUCACGAACUGGCCAUCGCCAAUCUAUAAAUUAUUCGCAAGGUCUCUAUCCGGAGGAUCAACGUGACAAUUACUCUACCGACCCCUAUCAACCCCAUCCCUCCGAUGACAGCUAUCCUCUGACGCAAUACACCACCUACCACGACGAGGACGACCGACGCCCCAUUCUAGAGCCGGAAUCCCCUCAUAGAGCCCCUGGCGAUGCGUCCUACUUUCCACGAAGCAUCCCAUCGCCCGUUUCGUCUACCCCGACUCCGGGACCGGGCCUGAGAAGAUGGAAAACGGUAAAGAAGGUGGAACUGUUCAGAGGGAAUUUGGUCCUGGAUUGUCCAGUACCUAAUAAGCUGCUCAAGGUACUCGACGUGGAUCCGUCAAAAUCUGAGCGCGAAUUUACGCACAUGAGGUUUGCACCUUCUUUCUUUCCUCCCUUCCUCCUUUUUAAGGAGGGAAAAGACUGACUGUUGUCGGGCCUGGUAAAGAUACUCGGCUGCUACUUGUGAUCCCUCCGAGUUUGUCAACGAGAAGUUCACAUUGCGACAACAGCUCUUCCAGAAACCUCGUCAUACCGAACUCUUUAUCGUAGUUACCAUGUACAAUGAGGACGAAAUCCUGUUCGCUAGGACAAUGGCUGGUGUCUUUAAGAAUAUCCACUACUUGAGUUCUAGGUCUCGCUCGCAGACGUGGGGUACGGAUGCUUGGAAAAAGGUGGUUGUCUGUGUCGUCAGUGAUGGCCGUGGUAAAAUCAAUCCAAGGACACGGAGUGUUCUGGCGGGUAUGGGAUGUUAUCAGGAGGGCAUUGCUAAACAGAAGGUUAACGACAAGGACGUUACGGCCCAUAUCUACGAGGUUUGCUCAACUAUUUGUCAGCGGUUAAUUAAUACUCUUGGCUAAUAUGCAACUCGCAGUACACCACUAAGAUUGGUAUCGAUCUUAAAGGAGAUAUGGUAAAGCUUAUUCCAAACGGCAAACAGGGGCCGGUUCAAAUGCUCUUCUGCUUGAAAGAGCGAAAUCAGAAAAAGAUCAACUCGCAUCGUUGGUUUUUCCAGGCUUUUGGCCAAGUCCUUGACCCGAAUGUUUGCAUUCUCAUUGAUGCGGGAACCAGGCCCGGUGGAUCGAGCAUCUAUCACUUGUGGAAGGCCUUCGACAUCAAUCCCCGGUGCGCGGGUGCCUGUGGCGAGAUCAAGGCCAUGUUGGGGCCGGGGGGGAAAUAUUUACUCAAUCCGCUCGUCGCGACUCAAAACUUCGAGUACAAGAUGUCCAACAUUCUCGACAAACCAUUGGAGAGUGUGUUUGGGUUUAUCAGUGUGCUUCCCGGUGCUUUCUCCGCCUAUAGGUAUACCGCACUACAGAACGACGCCCAGGGCGAAGGUCCUUUGGAGAAAUACUUUAAGGGAGAGAAGAUGCAUGGCGGUGACGCCGGUAUAUUCACUGCCAAUAUGUACCUUGCUGAGGACCGUAUUCUCUGUUUUGAGCUUGUCGCUAAGCGGAAGGCGAACUGGGUCCUGCAGUACGUCAAGUCGUCGAACGCCGAGACGGAUGUGCCGGAUGAAAUGUCGGAGCUGAUUUUGCAGCGAAGGCGUUGGCUCAACGGUUCAUUCUUCGCUGCCGUCUAUGCUCUCGUGCACAUGUUUGAUAUUUGGAGAAGUGACCAUUCAUUGGCGCGGAAAAUGAUGUUCCACGUUGAGUUUUUCUACCAGACAAUAUUUAUGUUAUUCUCGUGGUUCGCUAUCGGCAACUUUUUCCUGGUUUUUAGGAUUUUAACGGUCAGUUUGGCGGAUCCGGUUCUCGGUUUUCCACCCGGUAAUGUGCUCAGUAUUGUGUUUGAAUGGUUGUAUCUUGGGACUCUCCUCACCUGCUUCGUCCUAUCUCUCGGAAAUACCCCGCAAGGGACUAAGAAGCUUUAUAUGUCUAUUGUCGUCUUCUGGGCUGUUCUCAUGCUGUAUGUCCCCUCCGAUUGAUUCCGGAUGAUCCCAGGACCCUGCUAAUCUCACGGUAGGUAUCUACUGUUUGCUGCUGUCUUCAUCUCUGUCAAAUCUGUUACGAAGGAAUUGGCAGAUAACGGGGGCAAAUUCUCGGCCAGUAGUAUUUUCCAGAACCAACUAUUUAGAGAUCUGUUGAUCUCGCUGUCGUCAACGUACCUGCUGUACUUUGUGGCCUCGUUCAUGUUCUUCGAGCCAUGGCAUAUGUUCACCAGUGUAAGUCCAACCGGCCAUCGAGAGGCUUGGAAUUGUGCGAUUAACCAGGGUCCAGUUUGUCCAAUACCUCCUCCUCUCGCCCUCUUACAUCAACGUCCUAAACGUCUAUGCCUUCUGCAAUACCCACGAUAUAUCCUGGGGUACCAAAGGGCCCGAUGUCCCCCCGCCCAUCAAGAACGGAGCGGUGAAGGCCGUUGACGGAAAAGCCGAUAUGAACGUCCCAACAGACGACAAAGAUCUCGAUGAGCAAUACGAAGCUGAAAUGAAAGUCCUCUCCGAAAAGUUCGUAGCCGAGCCGGAAAAGCCAAGCGAAUCCCAGGUCCAAAAGGAUUACUAUGCUGGUGUGCGUUCCUGCGUCGUGCUCGUGUGGAUGUUUUCGAACUUUGCCCUCGCCGCGACGAUCUUGAACAGUGCCGGUCUCGACAGGGUUAGUCUGGAUGACGAGAAGAGUGAGCAGGAGAGGAGCAAGAUUUAUCUUGCGGUUGUGCUCUGGUCCGUCGCGGGGUUGUCAGCGUUCAGGUUUUUAGGGGCCACCUGGUUUCUAAUCAUUCGGAUGGUGAGCACUCUUUUCUUUUUUUCUUCUUUUUUUUGGAUUUGGUGUUGGUUUGCUAACUUGGGACUAGUUCCGAGGUGUAUAAUCUCCCUCUUCGAUUACCCGAAUUGUCCAGACAGGGGAAGGGCAAGACAAGCAGGAGGAGAAACGAUGUUAUAUUGUUAAUUCAGUUCAAUUCACGUCAUGUCAUACCAUUCAUCCAUCAUAUCAUGCCCCCUUUUUCUGUUUGCCCUGCUCAUUCGCCCUAACCCUUUAGCUCUAUCAUACCACUACGAUACGGUGCCACCAUGAUAUAAAUGUAUUACAGUAAAAAAAGAUUCCGGGAUGGCCUUGCUUUUCUUCCUUCUUUGUAUUCCCCUUUCCGUGUUUUAUUUAUUUCUUUUCUUAUUUGUAGUUGGCUUUUUUUUUCUUUCACACUCUCGGUUAUUAGGUUGCGUUACGGUACAUUACCGGUACUUUGCCCCGCGGCUCGUCCGCUCGCGCCCCAGCCUAGUGGGUCAUGUAAAUAUCAUAAACGGUGCACUGUAUGCCGUGUGAUGCUCUGCACAUUGGUCGUUGAAGGAAGGGACGAAGCGAUAGGAAGAGCACAGCCGCUGUGUGCCGUUGCUUGCUUACGCAAUGCGCAGCAGAGUGGGUGGGGAGCCGGAGCAUGCGUCACAGUAUCACCCGCUCGAUGUUUGGGAUCUGGGCCCCGGCAACAUAUGAAGUGAAGGGGAACUCCAUCCGACGUGUCAGCGGGCGGGGCGUCAUGCAAGCCGUAGGUAUUAUUACGGUAUAUUAUCAUGGGUACCACGGACGCAACGUCCGGCAGGUUGCGAGAGGGAUUACACGACCCAGCCAGAUUGAACACCACGAAACCCACGAACGGUCAUAUCCGCAGUACGGUACUUUAUUGUACGAGUACAAUAUGAUGAGAACACGACCGCCUGUCCCCUCACGACAGCCCUCACAUCCCCAGAUAGUUCCCCACCGAUCCCCCCCCCCCAAAAAAAAAAAAGAAGGAAAAAAUCCCAUCCUCGUCGGGCCGUACGAUAUAUAUACACAGUAUAUAUAUACCACUCGGAGCACAUCCGAGAGAGAGAGAGCGCAAUCAUCACUGCCGCACAUCUCACUUACUCACAGGUCCGUCCGUCCGCUCCGUACUGGGACCGUCACCAUUCUACGAGUGAUGUACCAUGACUCCCGGCUUUUACCGUACAGUCGUUGGUUGUGGGGGGAAAGAAACUUAUGUAUGACGACGAUGAUAUUCUCCUCCAGUCUCUCUCACCUUUCGCGAUUACUGUAGCGUAUAUAGUGUGAUGUACAGUAUGUGUCGCUUUUAGCCUGUUAUAUUACAUUAUAU